UAGGAAGAAGUGGAAAUGUUUACAAGCAUUUGGUGCAGCUGUGUGAAAAAGUUCCAGAAGGCAGAAUCUGAUCUGGAUUAUAUUCAACACAAACUGGAGUUUGAAAUAAUGAAAAGCCUUCCUGAUAAUCCAACAGCAGAGGAAAAUCCAGUUACUCUCUUAGAAGAACUUGCAAUGGUGAAGUCUCGUUAUAAAAUGAUGUGUGUGCAGCUGGAAAAAGUUUCCACAGAGCAGAGAGAAUCUAUGAACUGCAUUCGUGCUGCCCUAGAAAACACAAUGAAGAUGGUUCAGGCACUACAGCAACAUACUGAUCUUGAGCGCUUGCCUCUGUCAGAAGAAGAACAGGCUGCAGCACAACAGUUAACCUGCCAGGGUGUCAACGAAAUGAAAUCGCUGGAGGAAGAGCCAGUUAGUUCAGAAUCUGCAGUCCCUGAGUCAACUGAAGAAUCACAAUUCAAGCCUGUGACUGAAGAAAUGCUUAUGACUGUACCAAGGAGUAUCAGAAGUACUGUUAAACUGGCAGACUUAAACCAUUUUUACAGGGAGUUAUUUAACCACUUCAUUGUAAAUAAAAACAGAGCAGCACUCAGUAUUUCACAGAUGAACAAGAUGAAUUUGAAAGCCACUGACUCAAGAGUCCGCAUCUUGAAAGAACUCUCUAUUGUAGAACUCGACAAACAAGGAAAUGUUAAGUUAGCUGUGUAAAUGAAAGCUCAGUCCAUUCUUAUUGGACAUAGAAGCAUCUUGAUUACAGCUGCUGGAUUAUUCACAAGUAUUGCUUUGGCAUCAAGGAGCUACCAGUGUGCUCUUAGAAAGCUGUUAAUACUUCUGUGUACAAAUUUUGUUUAUAGAACUUCAAAUUGCAGAGUUAAUUAUUUUGGUUGGAAUUUUA